GAAGACAAAGGCGCCCAUUGGAGCCCGGCAUGCCUGGCUACAGUGUGACGUUUGUAGAGAAGCUGCGACGAUGUUGCUACUGCCCUCUGUGUCGCCUGCCCAUGCGUGACCCCGUGCUGGUCAGGCCGUGUGGUCAUCGCUUUUGUGACGUUUGUCUGCAGGAGUUUUUGAG